GUAAGGGGGGGGAGGAGAAGAGGAGCCAGCAGUUUACCUCAGCUCGCGGUCUUCCCUUAAGAGAGAGGCGAGGGGGGUGGGGGGAGGGAGAGAAGUGCUUGAAGGUGCCUCAGCCGCCGCCCGCCCGCCUGCCUGCUCUUGCCUCAGCCGCUGCCUCGUUGGGGGUGUGCGGUGUCCUGCCCGGGGGGUUGGCGCGGGACAUGGCGAGCUCGGCUAAUACAAACCCCGUGCCUAAACUAUAUAGGUCUGUGAUUGAAGAUGUCAUUAAUGAUGUCCGAGAGGUCUUUCUGGAUGAGGGUGUUGAUGAACAGGUUCUUGUUGAACUGAAAACACUGUGGGAAAACAAGCUGCUGCAGUCCAAGGCUGUAGAUGGAUUUCAUUCAGAGGAACAGCAGCUUUUGCUGCAAGUUCAGCAGCAGCAGCAACAACAGCAGCAGCAGCAACAGCAGCAGCAACAACAGCAACAGCAUGCUCAUCAUCACCAUCACCCACAGCCACAGCCAACAGUUCAGCAGCAGUCCCAGACACAGCAAGUCCUUAUUCCUGCAACACAGCAAGCACCUCAACAACAAGUUAUUAUGCCAGAUUCCAAGCUGAUACAGCACAUGAACGCAUCAGGCAUGAGUGCUGCAGCCACCGCAGCUACCUUGGCUUUGCCAGCUGGGGUUACUCCUGUUCAGCAGAUACUCACAAAUUCAGGCCAAAUCCUACAGGUGGUUAGAACUGCCAAUGGAGCUCAGUACAUCAUUCAACCACAGCAGCAAGUGGUUCUACAGCAACAGGUUAUACCACAGAUGCAACCUGGUGGGGUACAGUCUCCUGUUAUUCAGCAAGUUUUGGCUCCUAUUCCUGGAGGUAUCUCACAGCAAACGGGAGUGAUUAUCCAACCCCAGCAGAUCUUAUUUACAGGAAACAAAACCCAGGUAAUACCUACAACAGUGGCUGCACCCACAGCAACACAAGCACAGAUUCCUGCAGCAGGUCAGCAGCAACCUCAGCAGCAAACAGCACAGCCACAGGCACCUUUGGUGCUACAGGUAGAUGGAGCGGGUGACACAUCAUCUGAAGAGGAGGAGGAAGAAGAGGAAGAUUAUGAUGAUGAUGAAGAGGAGGACAAAGAAAAGGAUGGAGGCGAAGAUGGCCAAGUUGAGGAGGAGCCUCUGAAUAGCGAAGAUGAUGUGAGUGAUGAAGAAGGGCAGGAAUUAUUUGAUACUGAGAAUGUUGUUGUGUGCCAGUAUGACAAGAUUCAUAGAAGUAAGAACAAGUGGAAGUUUCACCUCAAAGAUGGAAUCAUGAAUCUUAAUGGAAGAGAUUAUGUAUUUUCCAAAGCUAUUGGAGAUGCAGAAUGGUGAAGUUCCUUACACAAAACAAACUCUCAAAGCAAAAGCAGGAGAUUUUGAUUCUUGGACAUAACACUUCAACAGAAAUCUAUAUCUGCGCAUCGGAAAAGAACAGUAGAACCGAGACUGCUAGAACAAAGAAAUAGCAUGGCAACGUUGACACUACUUCAAAUGGGAAAGCUGAGGCAUUGGUGCAGCUAGCUAUGCCUGAAAGCUGGUUUUGUAUUAAUACCUUAAUUAACCACUUCUUCCUAUAGAUAAAGGUAACUAGCAUGUGAGGCUUAAUCUCCCCAUACACUGAUUUGAAGGAACUCUUCUUUUUUGGUAACAAUACUAUGGGAAAAGCUUAGUGUGUCUUGUGUAUAAAUUGUGCUGACCCAUUCUUUCUAGGAGUGGGGUUGGUGAGAAUCUUGCUUAAACUUGUGUGGAGGUUUCUAACCAAACAGUAAGGACUGAAGCAUUGAGUUCUAAUAAUUACCUUGUAUGAGUAAAACUAUUUUUAAAGCCCUUGUGCUGGGUCAUGCAUAAUAAUUUUAUCUACAGUUUUAGGCCUUUUAUAUAAAUUUUGAUCCUGGUACCAAAAUCCUCAUUUGUAUUUUAAAUUUAAUAAUUCUGAAUCUUUCAUUUAAUGCGAUGUUGUAUUUUAAAGGGUCUACAGAUGGAAGCUUUUAAUGUCUCGGUCUUCCUGCUCUUUCGAAAGGUCUUUAAAGAUUGAGCAAAUCUAGUCUGCUAUGUGCUGAAUUAUUGCUUGUCAGAAAUCAGUCUUUAAAAAUAUGAUUUCACUGGUUAACCUAAACUUAAUGUGUAUUCCCAUUGCCAAGUGAGUGUGCACUGCCGGUUAUGAAAUCAGGUUGCAAGUGAGUAUGUACUUUGGGAAAGGGUCUAUCUACAGCAUUGAAAGAGCUUCCACUUUCAUUUCAGUAAUACUGAAAAAUAUAGUGAACAAAAUCACCCUAGCUCUGAUAAUUGAGCAAGCAGUAAUUGCUCAAUUAAUCAGUUCCUCAAUAAAUAGCAGAAAGUUGCUGUUGAGGCUGUUUUUUUCUGUGAUUGUGGCAGUGGUCUUUGGAAAUUAGACUUUCAGAAAUGCAGGGCCUCUUUGCAAUAUGGUGGGGUUGAAGUUCAGGCCAGAUAAUGGAAGACAUGGACUUCCAGAUUUCCUGUGCUAAGAUCUGGAGGAUGCUAGUCACCUGAAAAACAGUGAAGAGCAGAUUACCCCCUUGCCCUUCUUUCAGUGCUUGUGUUUGUAUGAAAAAGGAAACUUAUAAAAAAUGUUUUUCUAUUAAAAUGGCCACUGUGUUUAAUCAGCACUAUGUAUUAGUUCCUUCCUCUUCUCUUCACAACUGUCUUCUUUGCAUUUUGAUGCAGUUGUUCCUGCUUACAGAAAAUCCAUGCAAUAAGCAGUUAGGUCUUUCUGCACCCAGGAUGUUGCUAAAGUUUAGCCAAAUUUGUCAGUACUGUUGUAUAGUGACAUUCAUAAAGCAUCAAGAGUUUUUAAAUGUAAACAUUUCCUCCCACUUUCUGAUACAAUAUAUAUUGCCUAUUAAACCUGCAUCACUGGGUGCAGUUUUAGCUCUGAACUUGAAGGUGCGUGUAAGUACUUUAUUCCCACUGUGUAAAACAAUGUAGGUUUAAAAUAAUAUAUGCCACUACUUAACAUGCCAAGAUUGUGACUAUAUUGAGAUCAAUUGCCAUUUUCCUUGCAUCCUUCUGUAUCUUAUGGCCCACUCACAGUAUAUCCUAGUUUUUAAGUAUGAUUUAAUACAGGCUUCAGACCAAUCAGAAAUAUUGCACUGUGAAACAAAUAGGCUGCAAUAGGCUACCAUUUACUAUUCAUUACUGGAACCCAGAUACUGUACAGGUGACUUUGCAUUGUGUACAUCAUGGGCACUGAACAGCUGCUUGUCUUUAGCCUUUUAUUUAUUUUAAAGGAUACCACAGCUUUAAAAGUGACCUACAGAUAGGCCUAUAUGGAAGCAGGCAAGUUAAUUGUGGGUAUGCUUUGGUUGGUGAGGGUGUUAACAAGUACCUGUGAAGUUCUUCUGAAAGCCAGUCACAUACCAAACUUGUGCUCUUACUUGCUCCAUCAAGUGUUCCUUUUUAAAAUCAAAAAGUGUGUUUUUAAUUUCAUUUUAUUGUAGCAGCUUGCUGUAAGAAUUUAGUUUGCUUACACUUAUUGUUGUACUUGAAUUUUAAUCAUGGUUUUAACAAUGUAAUUGAGCAGACCUUUUUGUUAGGUUUCCAUUGAAAAUCAUCAUUCCUUUUGGGAGGGCAAGGGGUCCCCAUGGUUAGUCUUUAAGCUUUUUGUCACUUGAUUCCCCCCCCCCCCCUUAGACUUGGAAUUUGUUUCUAUUCAGUAUCUUUGCUUCUGAAGCAAUUAACGGUUUGCAAGAAGGGCUUAUGUUUAGAUUUGCACAGAGAACAGGAGCACCUUGGCAGGGAUAUAGAGAAAGCAACUUCUAAAUGUUUUGAUCAGGGCAAUGGGAGAUUUACAGAGUGAUUACGCAAAGGUGAGAGUCUUGUGCCUUUGCAAUCUUCAGGCAUUCCUGCUUUGCAUUGAUUGAUGUGAUAUGUAGGACCGUUGGAUUCCUUUGGUUGUAGAUGUCCUACAGAGUUUCAGUUGUAACAAACACCAAGUCUAAUCUUACCAGCUUUCUUGUAUGUGCAAUCAUUUGAAACGUCUACAUUAAAGAUGGACUUUUAAGGAGGUUUUAGAUACUGUCACAAAGAACUUUAUAUUGGACUAUUUAAAUUUAAUGUGUAAGGUGUGUCCCCCUCCCUGCUCCAGCUGCCUAGUGGCAACCAGAGUUUCCAUCUCCCUUUCUCCAACCUAUAUCAUAACCUGCUUUUUGUCAUUGGUCAUCUCCCUGGAAAUGGAUCAUGAUUUCACAAAUACAAAUAUUGUGCUAGCUGUCUUUUUCAAGGGGAUGAAACUUGUAAUUGAAGAACAGUUGCUAGAAAAAGCAAAGAACAUGCAACACGUGUGAUAUAUCCAGAUUUGUAGAAAUGUCAUAUUAAAAAUAGUGUUAGCACCUUUGGGUUUUCAUUUUUGGUCUGUUCACAUCAAACAGCAACAAUGUCCCCAUGUUAUUACUGCUGAGUGAAAACUCUGUAGUUCCAGUGCAAGAGAGAGGAAAGAAAUAACUUUUCACUUGUUCACAAAUCCCUGCUCUUCUGCUUUAAAAAAAAAAGUCUCUUUUGGCUUUGUUUUAUGGAGGUGGGGAACAAUCCCCAAACCUAACAAAUUAUAAUUAGUUUGGUUCAUUGUAUUCAAGAUAGCAGACCUUGAGUUGAAAUGAGCUAUAUCAGUUGUAAUUUAAGAGUUAAGUUUCCAUUUUUGGAAGAUAUUAGAAUAUUGGUUGUUUGUUUUCUCCGUUUUUAAAGUAGGUCAGGAAUGUUCAGAAAUUUGGCAUUUUCCCCUGUGACAAAACUACUUGCUUAUUUUUUGAAUUCUUGAUUUGGAUGUUAACAAAGAACAAAAGGGUGUGUUUUUUUAGUGGAAGGAUAAAAGCAGGCUAGCCACAUGUGGUAACAUCAUGCAUUAACUUGCUCCUGUGUGCCUAGAGUACCAAAUAAUUUAGGGAAGUGGAAAAUAUCCUUAGUUGCUGUUCUGAGCUACUAUUGUCAACUGCUGUUGUACAUAUACUGUUAUGUGUAAGGGGGUAAAUAUAUUUAUUAUGUUUGUAAAAUUCAAUCUGUACAAUUGAAGAUCAAGGAUGCUCUUCCUGGGAUGUACAGGAUGUGUUUCAAAGGCCAUGCUUGGAAUACAAUUAGAAAACUUAGUAUUUUGAUGUACUAAGACCUAUUUUAAGUUUAAUAUUUUGCCUUUGCAAAAACUUUAAUUAAAGAUGUUAUUUAAAAUAAGCUUGCCACUUUUAUUUACUAUUUUGUGUAUUAAAAUACUUUUAUGUGUAA